UUAGUUUAAUUUGAAGAAGAAUAUGUGAAUUCUGAGGACAUGCAUGAUAUUUAUUGUCAAUGUAACACUAGCUUUUGGAAUACUUAUAAUAACACUAUUGACAUUAUAUUAAAUACAUCUCCUCAGUCAUUUAUCAAGUCCUUGCCUUCUCAUGCUAGUGCAUUUGAGAGUAUGUGAGAUUCUGCAGAGUUCGUCUCAAAUUCUCCCAUUCACCGCAAAAUCUUGUGAAAGUAAGAAACCGAUAAUUUUAUGAAACCUUUGCUCCUGAUUUAAUCCAACCCACUUGGCGAUAACUUUCGUUAUAGUUAAAACCCAGUUGUUAUUUAAAUUAUUUCAUAUUUGUUAAGAUGGACGGACAGUAAGUGGGAGUAAUUGACUUCAAUUUCAAAUUUAACAAUUGCAGAUUUAGGUCAUCCUUAUUCGAUUGUUUUUGGAUAAUACCAAGUUGAAGAGAUCUGUAACAGUGCAGACUGACUGACAUCUCCCAACACUAUAUGCCAGUGACAAUACUACCAACACAAAAUAGUUCGAAAUGGAUAUGAAACAUUUGUCUGGCCUUCCAACCCAGAUUCGAUGGCCUUCAGUACCCUCAAAAUCUGGAACUGACAAGCUCCACUUGGCUGUUUUGAUGGGUCGGCCAAGAAAAAUUCGGAAAUUGGUGUCUUCUGCCAAUGUUCCAGUGGACAGUCGUAACCAGGAUGGACUAACAGCCCUAUUUGUAGCAGCAACGUUAGGGAAGAAGGAUGUGGUUAACACACUCUUACGUCUUGGAGCGAAUCCAAAUGCCCGUUGUCGACCAGAAGGUUUCACCGCUCUUCAUGGAGCUUGUUUCAUUGGAAGUUUAUAUAUUUUAAGAAGGCUUUUGAUCGAGGGAGGAGAUCUGCGAUUAUCUGAUUCGAAUCGACGGCGACCAGAGGACUGGAUUGAGUUUCAACAGUGUGUAUUUACACGAAAAACGACCAGGGACUUUAUUGAACGAAUACGGUUUUGCAUUAUGAAGAAAGAUUUGAAUGAAAUGAAGACUGAGCUACAUGACAAAGUCGAAAAUCUUCGAGUCCCGGUCAGAAGUACAAUAUGGAAGAUGAUGAGAAGGAUUGGCAAGAUGCUAGAUUUUGGGAGUGGUAGGAGCAGCAAAAUUACAACAGAGCUACGUCACAGCAACCCUGUCUCCACAGGUUUUGGGAAGGUGUAUUUUGGAACCGGAACAAAAUGUGCCCAAGUCAUUGGAAUACCUUGUGUCACAGAAGCUUUGGAUUUUAAAUUGGACAGUAAUCCAAAAGCACCAUCAUGGAUCUGCGGAAAAUUCAGUACAUUCAUCCCCAUGUUUUGGAAUCAACGAAAGACGGCUGUUACAAGCAAAGUUUUACGUCGAAAAAGCGUACAAGAAGCGGUUCCUGACAUUCUCAUUAGUGAGCUAGCCCUGUUGGUGAGACUGCAACACCCUCAAAUUCUGAUGAUUUUAGCAAUUUGUCAAGAAGAAAACUUUGAUUCUUUAUCCCUGAUUUUUGAAAAAAUUGCACUCGGGUCUUUGUAUUUCUUCCUACAUCAACAAAAUCUUCGUAUGAAAUCCACAUUUGCAACAGAUAUCAUAAUUCAAAUCUCUGAAGCACUGGAUUAUAUUCACGGAAGUGGUUUUCUUCAUUGUGGAAUUUCUUCGCAUGCCGUAAUGCUUGUUGGUGACAAUCAUGCCAAACUGGGAUGCUUAGAGUAUGCCAUGCCGGAAGAGAAAAACGCAGCGGAAUCGUUCCUAUCAUCUCGACACCCAUGGUUGGAAACAGACUCUCACUUGUCUGUUCUCCGACAUUGGCUAGCACCCGAAGUCUUGAUUGGAACUCAUCCUCAUUCGCAGGCCAGUGACGUCUACUCACUUUGUUCCGUCAUGUGGGAGCUGGUUGUUGGAGAUGUGCCAUGGAAAGAUCAUGACUUGGCAAAAUUGCGAAUACUUUUAAAAGAAAGUCCGGGUUUACAACUUCAGCUGCGAAAAGAUGUCAUUCCCCCACUAUGGCUGAGCGUGUUACAAGUUGGUUUGAAGCGAAAGCGAGAAGAAAGAGAUUUGGACUUUAAAGAAGUCAGGUUCAUGAUGACCUUAGCCAAGGAACGAGCUUCUUGUGAAGGGUCAGCAGCAGGAACUAGUGGAACAGGGGAGAAGAAGAGUGUGAGUAGAGUUUCCUUGAGGUCUAUGAAUCCAAAUAUUGUAUCACCCGAUGGACAAGGAGAUCGAAUAAGUAGUAGACCAAUUUUGGUUGAAACUAUUAAUGUGGAUGAAGAUGACGACGAUCAAAUUGACUCUAUUGUACAUUUCGGAAGCAGCAACAAGGGAGAACGUUCUAAUACUUCCAUUUGCAGAUCAUUUAAAACUGAAGCAUUUUUGCAAGUUUGAGUAUACAUACACUUAAAUGUCAAAUUUUACCGGUAUAUUAUAUUGAAUAAUGCAUUUUACUUAGUUACAUGCAAUUUUAGACGAGUACAUACAUAACUAACUAUAUAGUAGUAUAGAGUACAAAUAUCUCUAGAUGAGGAAUUGAAAUAUCACAGACAUUGUAAGAAAAAUUAUAACUAAAAUAAUUUAAAUAUAAAUAUUGAUUCAACUAUA